CUUCUUACAAGUGCAGGUCCUCGUUGUCGUCUUCAAGGCCUCGUGCCGCGUCUCUCACGUCUUCCCUCUCCUCCUUCUAUCACAAUCUCACCUCACCUUACGCUUAUUAUUCUCCUCACCGGGUCGGGUCAAGGGCCAUCCUGAUGUUCUGCUAAAUGGCUACCAACGGUUCAAGUCCUCCUCCGGACGAUUGGCUGGAUAGUCAUUCAGUCCUCGCCGCAUUCCUUAUCACGUCGCUCUCGUUAAUCACAAUCAUAUGUCUCUACUUUCUUUGGGUCAACCCUCGCUACCUCACUCCCUGGCGGAAAUCAUCACGCAAGUCGACCGACCUCGAAAAGGGCAGGAACGGAGGCCACCGACAUCUCCCGCCUGCCAUCUCUCCGUCCAAGUGGAGGGUCGACGGUCGGCUCCCCGAUAACAUUGUCAUGCCGAGGCGCAAGGAGCCGAUGCCGCCGACUCCUCCCAUUCUGCGCAAGGAGCCCUCCACCCCGACACGCGCGUGGGGCAAGGAGCCGUCAACGCCGACUACCCCCACCAAGGCCGCGGAAAGUGGACACUGGGAGCGUCCAUUCCCACCACCUCCGAUUCGGAUGGACCCCCACGGCUCGUGGAGCUCCUUCUCGACCACCUCGACCAUGGUGGCAAAACCCAACAAGGACCGCUUCUCCCUCCCGGCGCUGGAGAAGGGCGUGCCUGCGUCCCCACUGCGAGACCGAGGCUCAAUAGGCUCGCUCCCACGCGCGCGCGAAGCAUCAAAUCUCCGGCAUUUCUCAACAUCUGGAGAGUCGAUGAGCUCUUUCGCUGCUACGGCCAUCCAGCCGUCCAUUGAGGACCACGAGCCUCGGCCCAUUCCUUCGAACUCGGUGCCUGGCGCCACCACCGGGUUUACCCACCGACGCAGCACGUCGAGCACCAGCUCGAAGCGAAACAGCAAAAGGAGCAGUCUCACCAUCUCCAUCGCCAAGGCGUCGGCCGAGAACCCAGAAACCUCAAUCAUCAUCACGGCAGAGCAGCCGGAAGAGGCGCCCUACGCCGUUGAGCUCUCGCCUCCGCCGUCCAAGUCGCCGGCGAGAAACUCGAGAAAGUCCCUUUCCGAUAGCCCAAACUCCCGACCCAUCUCCGUCUCCUUCUCCAUCCCUGACACGCCGACUCGCAACAGCAAGCGAUCAUCAGCCUCCCGUGCCUCGAUGAAGCGCGUGGGCCAGAACCAGAGCCGCUACUCUCUCACUUUUCCGGGUAAUACCUUUGAGCCUGCCCUGCCGCCGCCUGUUCCUGCCGUGGCGUCACACUUCCGUGGCUCGAUCCACAUGCCAACAGUCCGCAAGCCGGCAGCGACAAGCCAUGUACCCUUCCCAGCCUCUGGCGGCCGCCCCGCGUCUUCUGGAGGAUGGGCGCAGCUGCCCGAUGGAAGUGUCGGCGACCAUGACGACAACGCAGAGCGCUCGUCUCGACCAGAUUCGUUCUUCGACCGUGGUCUGGCAGCGCCCAACCUGCCGUUUGCGCGUCACGAUAGGCGAGACAGCGAAAUGAGCUACAAGAGCUACAAGAGCCACUAUAACUACACUGCCAGCAGCGACAGCACUGUGGCUGAGCGUCGUGGCCCGUGGCUACACGCGCGGCCCAUUGUGCUGUAA